AUUGAUUAUAACAUGCAAUGAAUGAGUGUUUGUUUUGUAUUGCAUUUAAUUGACUAUUAAAUUGAGUUAUCAUUUGAUUUGUCAUUUGAUUUGAGUAUUGCAUUCAUUGUCACCACAUAUGGAGUCACCGGCGAAGAAGGGCUCGAAGAACUUGAGAUAUUUUGUCGACAAAUCCAGUGAUGGACUCGAUGUUAAAGAGUUCUUCAAUAAGACAACAGAUGUGACAAACAGUGGACUCAAGAAGAAUGUGGUGAAGGAGUGGAAGGAUGGCGACCACAGGAGACAACCCGUGGAUCCGUUCGCCAACAAUCGGUUCGUCAGUAAAGACAAGAUUAAGAAAUACGAGCGCAAGAAGAAAAUGAAUUCAUAUUCGGCCACAAAAUACCAGAAGUUUCGCAAAAGACUGACAAAUGAGGAGAAGAAGCGUCAGAACAGUAUUGGAUUCGCCGCCAGAUCUGAGCUCUUAUUGCCUGAAAUGAGCGGUUAUUUAGAGGCCGAAGACAACGAGCAGACCUAUCAGAUCACUCAACAAGAGAUCGUUGAAUCGGUAGACAUAACGAGUGCCACAAAGCAUUUCGAUCUCAAUUUGGAUCAAUUGGGACCAUAUUAUGUGAAUUACUUUAGAAACGGUCGCAAACUAUUGAUCGGCGGUCAAAGAGGUCACGUGGCGGCCAUGGAUUGGGUGACCAAAGAGUUGAUGUGUGAGUUCAACGUUCAGGAGUCGGUUCACGACAUCCAUUGGCUUCAUAUGCCGACUAUGUUUGCCGUCGCGCAGAGGGAUUGGGUCUAUAUUUACGACUCGAAAGGCACUCAAAUCCAUUGCCUUAAGAAGAUGUAUCGCGUCUACAAACUAGACUUUCUUCACUACCACUUCCUCUUAGUCUCGGCCUCAGACAACGGCCACAUCUCAUGGCUGGACGUCUCGAUGGGAAAGAUGGUGUCGACCGCGAAGAUGAAAGUGCCGCGACUGACGGCUAUGAAGCAGAACCCGUAUAACGCUAUCAUAGCGACCGCACAUCCCAAUGGAACGGUAGACAUGUGGUCACCGAAUCAGAAGGAAAGGGUGGUGUCUAUGCUCUGUCACGGGUCGGCUGUUCGUGACAUAGCCUUCGACUGCGAGGGCCAGUAUAUGGUGAGCGCCGGCAUCGAUAGGUCUCUGAAAGUGUGGGACAUCCGGAACUAUAAGUGUCUGCAGAGCUAUAGUCUGCGUUCAAUGCCAUCGCAUCUGGACGUAAGUCAACGCAAUUUGGUGGGCGUUUCCGUGGGAAAUGUGGUGGAGAUCUAUAACGACUGCUUCCGACAACCAGUGGACACGCCUUAUAUGAGACACCGACUCAAUCACGCCGUGUCUGACCUCGAGUUCUGUAACUUUGAAGAUAUAUUAGGAAUCGGACACAAGAAUGGCUUCACUUCAGUGAUAAUUCCGGGCUCUGGUGAACCCAACUUUGACGCACUCGAAGCCAAUCCAUACAUGACUCCAUCGCAGCGCAAGGAAAUGGAAGUGAAGGCACUUCUUGAGAAGAUUCCAUCAGAACUCAUAUCAUUGGAACCCAAUAUCUUGGGAUCAGUUGACAGACAAUCGCUCGUCAAACAGAUGGAGGACAAGAAAAGCGUCAAUUAUGUGAAACCAAAAGACAUUGAAUUGCAGUCGAUAUCAAAGAAAAAGCGGACGAAAAGCGCGAAGAAAGCGAAAGUGAAGAAAGGGUUGAAGAAUGCGAUCAUAAGAGAAGAAAUCAAACAAAAUGUGAGCCAAAAAGUGCACAAAAAGAAAGACAAACAAAAUAAACAGAAGAAUACAAAAGCGACACAAAAGCAUGUUUUGGACAGAUUUAAGCCGAAAUCUAAUUAAUAUUAUUGAAUAUUCAAUGAG